CCCGUAUUUUUCAAACGGCCCUGCAGCGGUGCACAAAAUUUCAAAUUCAAAAUUUUUCGCGGGGAGAGGACGACAGCUGUGUGCCUGUCCUUUUUUGUUGGUGUCGGUGGAGGUAGUUCAGAAGGGGGGGUGGUGUGUGUGUGUGUGUGUGUGUGUGAGAGAGAGAGAGAGAGAGAGAGAGAGAGAGAGAGAGAGAGAGAGAGAGAGAGAGAGAGAGAGAGAAACUUUUUUUAUUGGUAGGUGCAGAAGGAUGGAUUCCAGUCGAUGGAGGACAGAUCUCCCAGCGGGCAACGAUGGGGGAUUCCAAACGCAAGACGUUCCCGUUCACGGAUCUGUGUCGUGCUCUUCGCCAUCAACGUCGGUGGUUCAAUCCUUCACCGGCCAGUUGUUUGACGGGGGUCGAGGCUUGUCGAUCCAUCUACCACGGGCCCCUGUCCUUGCUUCCGCACAUCAGCAUGCGGCAGGGACACGUGGACGGUUCCCUGGAUGGCCGUCUAUGCAAAGUAUGCCUGCAGGAGCCAUGUAUAUGGGCCAUGGUCCCCUCCCGGGUCCGAUUGGUGUCGGAUACGGCACACCUGCUCCGCAUUCCUUUGAGGCCGGCUGCGGAUUCGACAUUCCGACACAGGACCUGUCGUCCCAGCACAAUGUUGGCAGUGGCAGUGUGAUGAGGAGUGAUCGAUCGUGGUCCUCGCAGUGCGGGCAGACGUCGCAGCAAGUGAACGGUGCAAUGUGCAGCCCGAGUCGACCAUCGGCCAGACGAAACCAUUUAUCGGGGACAUCAUAUUUUGAUGACGAUGCGGAUGAAGGUGAAGCGUGCGAAGGUGAUGACGACGGUGAUGAUGAGGGAGAUGGAGUGAACAUUCCUGUGCAGACUUCAGACAAUGCUCAUGGAGACGCAGACAGUGCACAACAUUCCAACCAAGGGGAGACCUUGGAUGGACGGGAGGGUGGCCGUCCUCAUGACAAGCGCAAGGGCAAAGACAAUGUUGCGACAAACAAAAAACAAAACGUCCCUUGGACGUUGGAGGAGAGGAUCACACUGGCGAAGUUGAUGGGGGAGGACGAUGCCCUCAUGGCUGACGAGGAGGGUCAACAUCAAUUCAUGAAGAUGAAGGAGCGGUACGCAUGGGUGCACGGCCGAAUGAAAGACAACGGAUUCCGGCACAGGACAAUGGAAGAUUGUCGGAAGAAAUGGAUGAACAUGUUGAGCAAGGCGAAGCUAAUCCUGGACAGGUGCGAGAAUGCGUCUGGCAUGCCUUCGUACUUCGACUUGCCCAUGGAGAAGCGAAAGGAGUUGGAGGUGCCUCUAGCCUUUGAGAGACCGCUUUGGGAGGCGAUGCAGUGGAAGUUGAAUAGACCGUCCAUGACCUGUGACAAGACAUUGGCGUCCGAGGAUCUGACCGGCGGAGGUGGGGAGACAACUCAAAAUGACGGUCCCGGAAAUCGUGGUUCGGGGAGAAGCGGUUCCGAUGGCAGAACGACGAACGAUUCUGAGGGUCCAUCGAAGAGACGAAGAUCGAACAGCGGCAAGGCAAGAGUGGAGGACAUGAGUUGCGGGGGGGUCGUCAUUGGGGAGGGUGAUGGAGGAUUCUACAAGGGCGUAUUGCGACGGUCUUGACAAGGCCGCCUCCACUCUCACGAAGGCGACAUCGA